GGUUGGCUCCCCGGCAGAGCGUGAGGGGAGCCGGCGCUGGCGGGGAUACCUCUGCUCCCCGCGCACAGCCGAGCUGACUGACUGGACUGGCCCACGGGUCGCCAUCCCGAAGCUGCGGAAGCUUGGGUUCCCAGCCUGACGCGAACAGAGCCCGAGCCCCAGUCCCAGAGGGAGUCGCUCUCUGCAGACCAGUGGGACCCCGAAACUUGAACGCAACCCCCCCCCCUUUCCAGCCUUUGUCACUUCCCCAGCUUUCUCCCAACGCGUUCUUUUUUUUUUUUUUUUUCCUCCUCUCCCAUUCUCUCUCCUCCGAAGGACACAAAAGUGGCUUCCGCUGAAAGAUUAGGAGGCGGUGGGGAGCUUUUUCCCUUCGGAGAGCGAUUGUGUAGGAAGGAUUUUUCGGGAAGCGGCUUUUUAACACCACUGCUCUCUGCUUUCCGAGCCUCUCUGUAACCCUCUGAGCGCGAUGUACAAUACGGUGUGGAGUAUGGACCGCGAUGACGCAGACUGGAGGGAGGUGAUGAUGCCCUAUUCGACAGAACUGAUAUUUUAUAUUGAAAUGGAUCCUCCAGCUCUUCCACCAAAGCCACCUAAGCCAAUGACUUCAGCAGUUACAAAUGGAAUGAAGGACAGUUUUAUUUCUCUUCAAGACGCAGAAUGGUACUGGGGAGAUAUUUCAAGGGAAGAGGUAAAUGACAAAUUACGGGACAUGCCAGAUGGUACUUUCUUAGUGCGUGAUGCCUCAACAAAAAUGCAGGGGGACUAUACAUUGACUUUAAGGAAGGGAGGAAAUAAUAAAUUAAUAAAGAUCUAUCAUCGGGAUGGUAAAUACGGCUUUUCUGACCCCCUGACAUUUAAUUCUGUGGUGGAGCUCAUUAACCACUAUCACCAUGAAUCUCUUGCUCAGUACAAUCCCAAACUCGAUGUGAAGCUGAUGUACCCAGUAUCCAGAUACCAACAGGAUCAGUUGGUAAAAGAAGAUAACAUUGAUGCAGUAGGUAAAAACCUGCAAGAGUUCCACUCGCAGUAUCAGGAGAAGAGUAAAGAGUAUGACAGGCUGUAUGAAGAGUACACCAAGACGUCUCAGGAAAUACAGAUGAAGAGGACUGCAAUUGAAGCCUUUAAUGAAACUAUUAAAAUAUUUGAGGAGCAGUGUCAUACCCAAGAACAACACAGUAAAGAAUAUAUUGAGCGGUUUCGCAGAGAGGGGAAUGAAAAGGAGAUUGAACGAAUUAUGAUGAAUUAUGAUAAGUUGAAAUCACGUCUUGGUGAGAUUCAUGAUAGCAAAGUGCGUCUAGAGCAGGACUUGAAGAAACAAGCUUUGGACAACCGGGAAAUAGAUAAAAAAAUGAAUAGCAUCAAACCUGACCUGAUCCAGCUGCGUAAGAUCCGGGAUCAGCACCUUGUAUGGCUCAAUCACAAAGGGGUGAGGCAGAAGCGCCUGAAUGCCUGGCUGGGGAUCAAGAACGACUAUGCUGAUGAAAGCUACUUUAUCAAUGAGGAAGAUGAGACCCUGCCGCAUUAUGAUGAGAAAACCUGGUUUGUGGAGGAUAUCAACCGAGUACAAGCAGAGGACCUGCUUUAUGGGAAACCAGACGGUGCAUUCUUAAUUCGUGAAAGUAGCAAGAAAGGAUGUUAUGCUUGUUCUGUGGUUGCGGAUGGGGAAGUGAAGCACUGUGUGAUCUACAGCACCGCUCGAGGAUACGGCUUCGCAGAACCCUACAACCUGUACAGCUCGCUGAAGGAGCUAGUGCUCCAUUACCAGCAGACAUCCCUGGUUCAGCACAAUGACUCCCUCAACGUCAGGCUCGCCUACCCUGUCCAUGCACAGAUGCCCUCGCUCUGCAGAUAAGCAGAGUGGGAAAAGACAUGGCUCUCCAGCAUUUUUUUCCUAUGGUUUUAAUUAGACUACGAUGAGGGCAUUCUUUCUACGUAGACUGCUUGUUUUGCACAAGUGAUUCUGUGAAUGUGAAAUGGAGAGGCCGAGCAGUAGCUGGCCCGGAUUUAGGGAUAAAUGAGGGGCCCAGGGUCUCUGGAGUCAGCUGUGCUGCUGCACUGUUGAAGCUGGAAGCAGAUACUGGUUUCAUGGGGGGUUUGCUUUGUUGUCAGGCACCUUGAACAGAACAGUUAGACUUGUUGUAGGUGGGAGUGGGGGUUUAUUUGGAAGCCUCUGAAGAGUCCAUGUCCUCUUGUCUUCCACUCUGAGGAUGCAGCAGGUCAUGGUUCUGUUGGAGUUGUUUGGCUUUGAUAGUCUCUCCCCACAGUAAGAAGCUAACUUUGGUUCUGUGGUAAGAUGGGGUUUGGUUUGGGGGGAAAAAAGGCAACCAAAGGAAAUAGGGAGGUAUGGGAUUUCAUUUACAGAAUCUAAACCAAGGAGGCAAAAGACCCCUUCAGUCGAUGUUAUUUCAAUUUUACAACCAUAAUUUAGGCUUCAGCGUCUUACCAUCUCCUCCCUCUAACGCACUACGUUCGUGAACCAGCAAAGCAACAUUGCCAGACAAGGUCUAAGGGGAGAAGGUGACACUUACUAGCUGAAUGUACACUUCUGUACCAAAACUUGAAAGUAAGAAAACUAGAAGCUUGAGUUUUAACAAACACUAAAAUUGGUCAGUGUGUUUCCUUUUUCCCUGGCCUUGUUUCUGAGAUGAAGAAUAGAAUUGUUUUGUGGGGAUAGUGAGCUUUGAGUCAUGUUUAAGUUGGUGCUUGUGUGGUGUUUCCUUAGCCUAAAGAAUGAUGUUUGAAACCUUUGUAACUUAGUUUUAUGAGUAAAGAAAAGGUGCAAUCCAGUGCUUUUAGGUGGCUUGAUAUACCAAAUAAUGAUAGAGAACAUCAUUGUUGUGUGCUUCUCCAAGUGUAAAAAGCCUUGCCAAAACUGUACAAGAAUUAAUUUGCCUUCAUCUCCCCUUCCUUUUCUGGAUAGGGUUUAGGGAGCCAUAGGUAAAGAACUCAGUGGUCAGAGACGUCAGUAAAUCACAUGCACAUGGGCUCUUGUGUCCAGGGUGAAAGGCCCAUCACAUUACAUGUUCUUCCAUAAUGUGGUUGAAGCUUUUGCCAAGAGAGGGUAUAGAGUGUUGAGUUUAGACUAUCUGGGGAAAAAGAAUCUACAAGCUUUCCUAUUUGCCUUUUUUGUGAGCCUGCCAUUAAGGCAGUGUGCAAAGCCUCUCCUCAUGCUUCAGUGGCUGUGAUUUUAGGCCAGGAAUCUUCUGCUCCAUGUGGUUUAGGCUUUCCAGCUGAGUGAAGUUCAUUAGGUAGAGGGCAGGCAUCUAUUCCUGGCUUCACACUCAUUUAACAAAGAGUCCAGCUGCUUCAGAGCCAGUCCUGGAGCCCUAACAGGCACAGUGUGACUCAGCUACUUGAGCCUAGUGACAUGCAGGCAGGCAUUCUAGUUGAACAAGAUGAGCAGCCCAUACCUGGGUCUUGGCUCAUAAGAUCAAAUUUGAGAGCCAAAAUAAAGGCGAACAUAACUUUCCCUGAGCAUUUACUUCAGUGACGUUGUCUAGAAUGAAUUACAGUAGAGAGAUCAAAAUUUUUGGAAAAGUGUUUGUCACAGUAAGGAUAGGAAGGGGCAUGUCAUUGCUGUUGACUUUUCCUUGUUCAUGCUCCAGUAUGGAAUGAGAGAAAAUUGACCUCCCUCAGCCACUAUUCAAGGCUCUGCCUUUUCAAGAUUGCCAGCUCGAAAUCUUGCUCAGUUUACCAGGUAAUGCCAGAUUGGCAUACCUAUGUGACUUUGUACCUGAUGGAAUUUGCUGAAGCAGUUACAUGCUCAAGAUUGGGUGCAAUCUCCUAUCUGGCACCAAAGUUCUAGUAGGCCCUGGAUGCUUUUUUUGUUUUGUUUUGUGUUUUGGCUUUUCAAGACAGGGUUUCUCUGUGUAGCUUUGGUGCCUGUCCUGGAUCUCUCUCUCUGUAGACCAGGCUGGCCUCAAACUCACAGAGGUCCGCCUGGCUCUGCUUCCCGAGUGCUGGGAUUAAAGGCAUGUGCUACCACCGCCUGGCACUCUGGAUGCUCCCCCCCUUCCAAGUUAAGUCAAAAUGGAAUAUAAUAUACAACUGUAGUACUGAAUAAUGUCAUUACUUUGUAGGGCAGACACGCAGGAUAUGCAGGAGACAGAAAGCAGCAUCUUAGCAUCUACACUUGGGCUGAACUGGGAGAAAGGCUGUUGUUCAGUCCUAUAUUCCUUCCCUUUAAGUGAUCCGCUUUGUGGGAUCUAAGACCAGGGAUCAUUUAGUAAAUUGGAAGGUAUCUUUCUCUGACCAGUUGCCACAGGAUUUACUUGGUCCUGAUCUGUGGAAAAGGCGUAAGUACUAGUCUCCUAACAGCUGCCUGGUGUCUGGGGGAGUCAGCAUGCUGCUAUUGCUCCAUGGCUCAGAAGCAGGUCUCGGUCUUCUAAGUCUAGCUUGUUCUAUCCCAUCAUCUGGGCCCUGGGACUGUAUUAUCUCUUUUGGCAUCUUAACUGCAGUUUGACUGAAGCAAAAGGUAAAGAGACAGAUUAACUAACCAGAGGGGCAGAUCAGCCAGCCCCCAACAUUAAAGCAGCUUUUGGUUGGCUAGCUACACUUGUCUUUUAUAACUAAACAAUGCUGUUUAUACCUGGCAUUGUUCAAGCAUAGGUAGAUUGCCUAUGUUCUUGUCACAGCUCCAUCCACAGAUAAAGACAUUCUAUGCUCCACUCCUCCCUAAGACAUAGGAUCUCAACAUUUACUUCAGACUCCUUGAGCCACUGUGGCGUCUACCGUGUUUCUCAUCUUGCUGCAAGGUACCAGCUCCAAGCAUUCUCCUGAGCUAAAAAAAAAUUGUAUCUGAGCAAUUUCUGGUUUCUAGGAUGAUCUCUGUUGCCAUUUAGGACCCCAGAAUAGAUCUCUGAGAUUUCCAUGGCAUCAUAACCCAGAGGGUCUGUGCUUGGCCCUUUGCUGCCAACUGCUCAGUUUUGACUUAGCUCUAGUCAUUUGUGACAACCAGCCUUGUUUCUUUACAAAUCCUCGCAUGUAACUUUGGUACCCUGUUGUUUCUUGUGAAAAAUCUAUUCUGUUGUCUUUGAUGUAAUAAAAAAAUUCAUGUAGUUUAUGUAAAAGUACCUGACUCAGAAGGAAGCCAAUUGUGUCUUGUGUUGGGACAAUUCAUAAUGUAGUUCCUAGACCACGUUUGCAAAUGGUUAUUGUCACCAAAUGUGUUCGGACAUUGCUGUGCAGUUGUGGGGAAGGGGUGGGGGGCAAGGUGAAGUGAGAACACUGUUGUUUUUUUUUGUUUUGUUUUGUACCUUCUCCAAGACUGGGAUGGUCUGGCUGACUUGCUCCAGAUGCAAUAAAAAUAUUGCAAUGAAA